AUGCGUGAGAUUGUUCACAUUCAGGCUGGACAGUGCGGCAACCAAAUUGGUGCUAAGUUUUGGGAAGUUAUAUCUGACGAGCAUGGUGUAGACCCAACUGGAACUUAUCACGGCGACUCCGAUCUCCAGUUAGAACGCAUCGAUGUCUAUUACUAUGAGGCCUCUAAUGGAAAAUAUGUUCCCAGGGCUAUUCUAGUGGAUCUCGAACCCGGAACCAUGGACAGCGUUCGUGCUGGUCCCUUUGGCCAGAUUUUCCGCCCCGACAACUUUGUUUUCGGACAAAGCGGCGCUGGCAAUAACUGGGCGAAGGGCCACUACACGGAGGGCGCUGAACUG